AUGGUUAAAAAUUGGAAUAAUAAUAUUGUUAAAAAUAUGGUUAAGAAUAUGGUUAAGAAUAUGGUUAAGAAUAUGGUUAAGAAUAUGGUUAAGAAUAUGGUUAAGAAUAUGGUUAAGAAUAUGGUUAAGAAUAUGGUUAAGAAUAUGGUUAAGAAUAUGGUUAAGAAUAUGGUUAAGAAUAUGGUUAAGAAUAUGGUUAAGAAUAUGGUUAAGAAUAUGGUUAAGAAUAUGGUUAACAAUAUAGUUAACAAUAUGGUUAACAAUAUGGUUAACAAUAUGGUUAACAAUAUGGUUAACAAUAUGGUUAACAAUAUGGUUAACAAUAUGGUUAACAAUAUGGUUAACAAUAUGGUUAACAAUAUGGUUAACAAUAUGGUUAACAAUAUGGUUAACAAUAUGGUUAACAAUAUGGUUAACAAUAUGGUUAACAAUAUGGUUAACAAUAUGGUUAACAAUAUGGUUAACAAUAUGGUUAACAAUAUGGUUAACAAUAUGGUUAACAAUAUGGUUAACAAUAUGGUUAACAAUAUGGUUAACAAUAUGUUUAACAAUAUGGUUAACAAUAUGGUUAACAAUAUGGUUAACAAUAUGGUUAACAAUAUGGUUAACAAUAUGGUUAACAAUAUGGUUAACAAUAUGGUUAACAAUAUGGUUAACAAUAUGGUUAACAAUAUGGUUAAGAAUAUGGUUAGAAAUAUGGUUAAGAAAAUGGUUAAGAAUGUGAUUAAGAAUAUUGUUAAUAUAUUUAAAAUUAAAAUUUAG